GUUACCCGAACCAUUCGUGUGGCCCCGAAAAGAUGGCCGCCACGAGAGCGUACGGUGGUAAUGUUGACGUCGUUCACCAAAUAACCGCGUCCAGUGUGUCAGCGUGAUUGCAAUUCCCUAAUUUAACAUUAAAAAAUAACAACAAACAGUGAUCGACAAGAUCGUUAACAUCCCCCCAAAGUGCCCCUCUGUGACCCCCCAAAGACGUGGGAAUAGUUAAUUUUUUUCGUCAUUUUCUCUUUUAUUUUCGACUGGAUUCAGUGAGAUUGUUGAGACGAGAGAAAUAAAAAGCCUCCAGGAGAGAAAAAGAGGGAUAGAUUGUGAGGGAGAAAGAGAGAGUGAUAUUACGCGUGAGGGUGAGGAACUCACGACGAGGUGUGUGAGGUACGAGAAUUUCCUGAGAAUAAUACGAUUUUUUUUAAAUUUCUUAUUGUCACUGAAAGUCGUGUGGAAAUUGUGAUUUGUUCAGUGAUUACACGGAAAAUAAGAAUUCGGUGAAGUGUUGGGGAGGGGAGGGAGGUGCAUUUCGUGGGGGUAAAAAUGGCUGAUUAUUGCAGCUCUGUUUAUUGUUAAUGGAAAUUGGUGGUUUUUAUUUUCUAGAGUCAGUGGGGCAUCGUAGGGGGAUUUUUUUUGGGGGAGAAUGAAAAAAUUUGUGAUGCCUGAGGGCUCCUCUUGCCAGUGCUCCACGAAACUUCGUGUCAACGGACGGCCAUAUUAAUCUGGAGCCCCGCCGUCAUUGAAGUUUCGGCGGUGCAAAAGCUGGGGGAAAAAAGUGAAGAGGGUGAACAUUUGGAAAAUUAGGAUACACCAUAACAAUUCCACACUCGGUUAUAAUUAGGCAUUUGACCUUGGGUUUCAGUGGGCCUUGGAGGUGACUGAUAUUUCGAUUAUAUUGCAUUUUUAAUUUUUUCAUCCUGUGUCCGUCGGGUAUAUCUCGUGACGAUGAGUCCAGUGCGUGUUUUCUCAGUUAAAAAUCAUGGAACUAAUGUUGAGAACACGAGUUAAGUGCGAGGAUUGAUUUAUCGUGAAAUUUUGUGGAGGUGCUCUGGGAGAUGGGGAUCCUGUGGAUGGAACAAACUGUUAAAGUCUUCGGAUUUAUUCUGAUGUAACGUGAGUUGGAGAUGCUCGAGUGAAGUAUCCUUUGAUGACUGGAAGAUAAAAAGUGAUAAAGAAUCUAUGAUUGAAUGGAAAAAUAGCGGAAGAAGUGACGGGUAAAAUAAUAUUGGGCGACUCGAUAUUGGUAGGAGGACUGGGUGAUAGCUGAUGUCCGCCACGAGUUGUGCCCCUGUUGCUCCUGGAAGGUGCUUGUGGGCACAAAAAACGGCGCCUCCAAGUGUCAUCAAGGUGCUUAGACCACCACCGGGGCUGUGCCAAGGGCGAUCGCACUAUCGCUGUAAAAAAAUACUGAAUAAUUAUUGUUAUCCGAGUUACCAGCGGCUGUUCGGAAUAAAACACUGCUGGAUACGCCAUUACUCUGAAUGUCUUCACACAUCCAAAAGGCGUGCUUGGCACACCCUGGAUCUGGUACUACGUGGGGAGUGGCCGAAAUUGACACAAGCAACAAAAACUCAUCUAGGCGUAACCCUGCAGAGGUGUGCAAAUCAUCUUGCCCAACACCCUGCAGCAUCAAUAUGUACAUCGCUGAUAUCAUUCGUCCACAAUCCAUGGUCAAAUCCAGUAUUAGUGAAAAUAAUUAGUCGUACAGCUGACGAGGACAGAAACGACGAUGUCGAGGAUGAGGAGGACUUUUGUUGUUCGGAAAAGGGCGAAUUAUUAGUAAUGAGGUUAAGAAUAUUAUGUGAGGAGCGGUGUGAGGACAUAGCAAUACAUCUUGCUGCUGCUUGCGUUCGUACCCUCAGAAGAAGCGAACGCUUGCAGGCGUUAUCGGAUACUCAGCACGUUCAGUACAUGAUUGAUCUAUACAUUGUUAUACUGUACAAACUAAAACGCACUAAAGAUAUACUCGCUCAAUUAAAAUUAAUGGACUUCAAUAAUGGGCUGGGGAUACUCCAGAGAUUAAGCGGUGAGAAACCAACAAAGUACAGAACUGCGCGUAUUUGGAGGCUAUCGCCUAGAGCAGCCGAAGUUGUUGCACAGUAUUUGGCAACAGCGGGCAUGGUGGGAUCCAUUUCUGAUAUUGGGAGUAAUGUACUGGAGGAGAUUUUCAACUCAUGGGCUAAAUUGUAUUCCAAAAAUUCAAUACAGUCAACACUGCCGGAGAUGAUCAGAAAAUUAAUUGAACCAGCUGAGAGUGCCCAGCACAUAUACCUGUUCUGCGCUGUCCUCUUGAAGCAUUUUGGCGAUAGUAUAAAGCCCGUGGUAAUUGAAUCGUACAUCAGAGCCCUGACAACGGACAUGAAUGAAAUGGAAAAUCAAAAGGCCAAAUCGGACAAAGAUCACGAGCGUGAGAUAGCGAAACGUCUGAGUACUGAAUUUCUGAAAUUAGCUGAUGUCGUUGACAGCAGCAUUGAAAUCGCCAAGGAGUGUGUAUUGACGGCAUUCUCAUUGCACCCAACUCGUGCCUGUUACGAUCGAAUUCGUGAGAUUGCUGAGGUGUGUGGUAAAAUGAAGGAGAACGGUUGUACAACUGAUGUAACUGGUGGUGACAGAUUAUCAAGUUGUAUUGGAGAUGGAAAAAUCGAUGGUGGAAAGGUGGAUGGUGUUUCACAACAAGGAAAAAGCUCACCCAAGACGAAAUCGGGGAAGCACGAGGACGUCGAGAGCAGGGAUAAACUGUUGAAGAGUUUGCUGUCAUCACCACUGAAGAAAGAGCCACCUAGUAGCUGUCCACUGCAUCCAAGAAGCAGCUCGACGACCCAAGGACUAGUUGGCAAUCUGUGCUUCAACUGUGGUGACUUCACAGGCAUUGAUAUCAACAAAAAACACGUAGAAAGAUCUGAAACAGUAUCACGAUCACUGGACACUAGUGCAGAUUCAACGAUAUCAGAGAUGUACGAGGAGAGGAGCCAUUCACUGGGUCAAGUUUUGGAUGGUGUUAAACUUGGUUUAUCACGACAGCUCUGUGACGAUCUCCAGGUUGUCCUAAACAGUCCUAGGUAUCACAAUCUCAAUUGGGCCCUUGACUGGACAGAGCUCAAUGCCCUAUGUGACACUUAUCUUCAUCAUGCCGAGGAUAUGAGAAAUACGAAUAAAGAGCUCAAGUUUCUGAAAAUUGAUUACAAUCAGUUCAAGGACUGGCCAUCGGAUGAGGAGAAUGCCAUCGGUGUUUAUGGGAUAGAGAAGGGAUAUGAGCCCUGGGUGGAUGUGCCAUCGGACAAUUCAGAGAGGUAUACCACUCAGGCGAAUUACAAAAGGCCAACAGCCAGACGAAAUCUUGAAGAUUCGUCUGACUCUGACAGUGGAAGUUUGCUUCAAGUUAGGAGAACACCUAGACAGCGUAAGCUCAAUAGGCUCGAGUCUUCGGAGAGUGAUUACGACAGUAGUGAACGUAAACCAAAGCAUUUCAGGGUGAAAUCUGGAUCAGUAUCGGAUACUGAGGAUACUAAUACUCAGGACAGCCAGACUGACAGUCUUGGUAGUGAUGGGUGUAGACAGGACAAGAAGACGAAUAAAUCGUGCAAUAAAGAUAUAACGAAGGAGAGGGGUAAAUCCAAGCAUUUUCGUAUGUUAGUUAAUGAGAACAUAAAACGACCCAGUGAUGAUGUCAGUGGGUCCGAUGUGAGUAAUCAGCUUAUCACACUAUUUGCUGCUGAUAUGGAUGAGAAUAAGAAGGAGACUAUCAAGGCAUCGGCUUAUCCAGCUACGCCGUUGAGAAUAUUGACGGAGAAACGCAGUGAUCCAGCUGUUCUCAAGUCAUUGCGUAUGUUUAGACCGCAGAAUACUAAAGUUGUACAGAAAAAUAUUUUAAAUAACAAAACAAAGGACAAUGUUACGAAUAAUAAUUCAAACAGUGUUGCUAAAUUUGCACCGAUGCUGAGUACGUUGAAUUUGAAUCCGAAGAUUGUGUUGACAAGGGCUGAUGAAAUUGAUCGUAAAUUACUGCAGUCGAAGAAACCAUCGCUCAGCCCUGGGGAUUUGUCCAGUGAGCUCAGGAAUAUUCAGAAGAAGAUGACCUUCUCACCGCACAAAAAUUCGAUUAAUUCGUUUCAUAAACGUAAAAGUGAUCCGAACGAUAACGAUAAAAAUCGAAAGAACAGGAAGUCGAUGAAUUCGGGUCUGGGGAAUGAUUAUGGACUUUUGGCGAAGGCUGUGAGGGAUUCAGACAUCGACAGAUUGGCGAAAAAUGUUCCUGGGUUGAAUUCACUGGAUAUGAUGGUGCCACCAAGGGUCCAGUCUACAGUCAAUGUGGUACAGCUGUCUAGAAAUAUUCCUCAAAGUCCAAAUUCAGGCUCGAUAAACAGUGGAAAUACACCCCCGAGGAACAGGACAUCGAGUAUAGCUGGAAAUAUUCAGCUGCCAGGUACACCAUCGUCUGGUGGUCACGACAGUGGUGUUGGUAUGAGUCCAGCUGGUCAGACACCGCCUCCGAGGUCGUCAGCCCUUCACGACGUGGGGGAAGAGGCAAAUCAGCCACCAGACACCUCGUCUCCAGGCUCGACAAAUCCCUCCACCGAGCCCGACAGCCCUAGAACAAAUCAACGAAUGGGACAAAAUGAUUCACCUGAUAAAUCACCAUCACCAUCAGCAGCUGGAACUUUGCCAAUAACUUCGGAACAAAUUCAACUUGUUUAUAAACAGGAUGGAAUGUAUCAACUGGCAUCUGUCAAUCCAAAUGUCGUCACCAAUCAACGAAGUGUCUUGACUCUUCAGAAUCUGGAGGAGGGUUCUGCUGUUCGUCAUGUACAAAGAUUACCAGAGUCACCGAGAAAUACCUACGAGAGGCCUGGUGUUAAAAUUCAACAGCAGAUCAGCCAGAACACUGGUCUACCAAAGUUUCAACAUGCCUUUGGAAAGACUAUCUACACUUUAUCAGCUGAUACCGCGACGUCAGCAGCUUCAUCCACCACGGAUACCAUUACCCAGCCCCUCAGCCUCCAAAAAGCCUCCACGAAUCUCUCGAAGGCAGUGCAAACAUCAGUUCCCAGCACUCAGGGCAACAUAAAUGUACAGUCAAUAACGAACAUUCCAAAUUUACAAUUAACCACUGGACGGCCAAUCCUCAAUAUCGUUCAGAGUGCAGCGAAUUGCGGGGUUACACCAACCGCCAGUCAGUCGAUAACUCAACUUGUGCAGAAUGCAUCACCAGGUGUUAUAUACGCUCAAAAGAUUCCCACGAACGUCACGAUAUCGACGACAAAUCCUGGACAAUUGAACCUCAUUCCCACAAUUUCACAUACGAAUUCGCUGCCAGGGGGCAGAGCUGGUGUUGUCAAGUUGAAUAUCAUAAGGACACCUAUGAGACAGCAAAAUAUUGCCAUUCAGGCUGCACUGACAGGUACGAGGAUUCAGAGUAAUCAGCAGAGAGCCCCUGCAACUCCUCAGCAGCCUCCGGUGAGGGCAGACUCUCUUCUCAAUGAAGUCACUAAUCCGGUGAGCUCAACGACCCUGGAACAGCUUCGGGAAUUCGAGAGUGUUCUUGAGCAAGUGAAGGAACGUAGUACAAUUCAGCCGCAGCAGCACCAGAGCUCAACAACUACAACGACUGUGCAGACACAAACAACAACUCAACAGACUGUUGCCAAGCAGCAUGAUCAGCAGGCAUCAGUGUCAGCCCUUGCUCAGCAACUUCUCAUCUCCACGCAGUCAUCCUCAAGCUCAGAAUUCUCGAGCAAUGGAAAUGCUGUGACCUUCCAGCAAGACGUGUUCCCCCAGAAGGUAUCCCUAGCAACAAUAACCCAGAGUAAUGUUACAACAACGCAGAAGGUGACGAAUUCAACACCAGUGGUGGUUUUUACGAGUUAUUGUCAGCCAGCUGCAUCACCAGCUCUGAGUGUCACGUCUCAGAGUUCCUCGAGUCCCUGUGUCACCCCAGCUCCAGCCUCAGUUCCAUCGGCUGGAAAAACUCCACCCACACCAUCCCCAAAGAGCAACAAGAAGACGGUACCCAAGACUGUAAAAACAAGUGCCACAAAUACAUCAAAAGCCUCGCCAAUUCCCAAACCCCAGCAGAAACCUCAGGAAGACGAGCAGACAGCUCAGAGGAUCUACACGAUUCUAGCUGAAUACGCUGAGCAGCUCAGAAAUUCACCAGAUCUCAAUAAUAAACCAGCACCCAGGAGACGCUCUAAUCCACCCACAAAUCCCAGUCAGUCGUCGAAGAGGAAGAAGUCAUCGGGCAAGUCGAAACCCUCUGGACAACAGUCCUCGGAGAUGAGUCCAAGUGCUGAGGAUUUGGGGAGGACAAUGGGCUCCGAGGACUCAUCCAGUGGUGUUGUUCAGGUUCAAGAUUCACCUGCUGGCUUCACGUCUCAGGAUGAAGCAGCAACACCAGCCCCAUCAGUUGAUUCAGCCCCAGAGUCCACCAGAAAUAUCACCAGUGACUCGAACGACGGGGUCGAAGUCAAUGUCAAGAGGAGGAAUUUAUUUUUUACAGAGUCGGGAGGUGGACAGCCUCGAACUGUCAUCGUUCAGGAGGCAGUGCCAGCGGCUUCAGUGAGUGUCAGUGAAGCAUUGGCAUCAGUAACUGGUAAAGUUGGUGGAACAACGGCUGUUUUUGUCUCUGGGACCAACUACGUGCUGCCUAUGAACCUGAUGAAGGGAACCCAGCAGUUUCACAUCGUCUCCGGUGGCUCCAAACUCCUGACUGUACCUGGAGUGAGAACCGCUGGUACCACUGGAGUCUCCAAUGCCCUAGUUCUCCAGUCCUUCCUCAAUCAGGCCAGUAAAAUCAUUUCAACACCUGGACAGGUAAAACAGGUAAAAAUGCCAACACUGCAGGCAUUGACAACAUCUCAGGGUCUGAAUACUCAGAGCGGGCAGAAUGCAUCGGUCGUUAUCCCUCAGACUGGCACCAGUGGCUUCAAUGACUCUAAUGAAAUUACCAUUAAAACCGAAGCCCCUGAGAUCGUACCUAAAAGCGAACCGACGACUCCAGUCAGUGAAACGCCCACUAUUUUAGUGAACAAAUCCCCUGCCAUUGGAUUAAUCCAACGAAAUCUAUCGGAUAUAACUGAGGGACAGCAGAUAUGUGGAGUUAUCACAAGUAAUCCCAAUUUGACGCUUCAGGGGACGAGGAUAUUCAACUCGUCCAUUGCUAAAUUGUCAGGUGGAAUCAAGACUGAAGGUGUGGUUUGUCUGGCCCAGGCAUCGGGUGGAUCUCAAUCUGAGAAAAAAAAUCAGGAAACCCCGGGGGAUAAGUCUGUGCAGAUGCAUGGAACGAUUGCUCUGGCAUUUGCUACGCAAUCGGAAGUGCCCGUGAUCAAUAACAAUCAGGGCCAGCAGAGUCAGAAGGAGACGAAGGAGGUUUCCACUGAGAUAACGUCUGGGGAUAAAGUUAUAUCACCAAAAGCUGUCAAGAGAAAAAUAGAGGAUACUUUGGAUAUCGACGAGAAACCACCGCCUGGACUUUUACCUGGCAAUUCAAUAUCUUCGGGAAUUAUUACGAGUCUUCAGAGUACUAUCAAAGUGGAGCCAGUAUCGGUGACAACAGCUCCGAAAAUUGAAGAUUCAGGCGAUUAUUCGAUUUCUGAACAGGCUGGCAGGUCAGUGGAUCAGCAGUCGCCAUUGAGACAGUCCAGUGAGACCCUGGAGGCGACAAUUAAAGUGGAGAAUGGGGUUUUGUGUGGAAAUGCGAGACUCCAGGAGGCCUGGGAGCCUGAGCGGAAGCCCUCACCCGAGACCCCGUGGAGGUUUGUACCCACCUCCACGAAUCAACUCAACAUUGAGCCCCUGAAAGUUUACUCGAGAGAUGGCGAAAAUUCCGAGAACGUCCAGAAUGUUCUGCAGAUCAUCAACAAGGGACAGGGGAUCGAGAUGGCGAGUGGUCAGGUUUUCCAGACGAACGCUAAAAAGUAUUACAUGAAUCACACAUUGGAGCCCUUUCAACAGUACAACAAAGGGACAAUAGUGAAGAAUCAGUCGAAUCCCAGGGUUGACAGGGAGAUGCAGAGAUUGGAUAGAAAUCGUGCAGCUCUGGAGCGUGAAUUGAGGCUCCAGAAGAGUUUGUCAGAGGAGUGCGAGGACUUGGGGGUGGACGAGCCCAGUACGAGUGAUCUUUUCCCCGAGGCUGAUCUCUUUUUCGAUACCAAUAACUCACCCUCGUUCGAUCACUCCUCCCAGGAUGCCUCGUGCUCUCAACCCCUUGGUGUCAAGUUCAAUGCGACUUAUUUUCGACCGUUAGACUCGUCCAGUGGUAGCAGAGAUGCCAGUCCUGUUGAUGUUAAAGUGAAUGAGAGACGAAAAACACCGGGGCAACGAGGGAGGGCCAUCAGAGAAGCUGUUAAAAGACCAAAGCGUGAGAAACCUGAGGAUCCACUGGAGACACCAGUGAAACACAUGCGAUUGAGUCCAGAGAAUCUCAGUCAGGAUGAUGGCUCCAGCACAUCAGAUAUCUCCAGAAUGUCUCCAGGGCAUGCAGCAUCCAUGGAUAAUGAUAAUCAACAGAAGAUCGUGUCGAGAAAUGGCUCGAAGGAGGGCUCUCCCAGCAGUGCCUCAAUGUCCAUUCCCUCGAACAUCAAACUCGACAUGGAUCUUGACUCCGAGUCACUUCCCCUCACCGCCAAUAAUGCAACAGCAAGCUCUGGGGAUGAAUCCCUUCCUCUACUCUCUACCAACACAACUGACGUGACAAUACCCUCACCACUCUCACCAAUAGCUGGUCCCCUGUUAUCCACCCACAAGUACACAUAUUCAAACAAAAAACGAGUAAAAUCCAAGGUACUCACGGCUGAGUAUCUCUCCUGGGAGAGUCCAAUAUCCGAGAGAACGAGAUCCAGCAGUGACGACGAGGACUCAAGCAUCAGCGAGUCAAUAUCCAGUCAGAAUGACGACAAUGUCAUUACCAAUGGUCUCGAUGACAAUAUCCAGGGGAAAACAGAUCACUGCACCUAUCUCAAAAAGAAGGAUAAACUUGUCAAUGCCAGGGUGGUUUUGAAUCGUGCCGAUGCCAAAGCUAUUCUUGCUAAACGCGCCAAGGACGUUAUCAGUGAGGCCGUUGUCACCAGUGAUAAAACAUCGGAGGCAUCUGACGAUGACACCUGUCAUGCCACGCUCAUUGAACCUGAUUGUCGUGCAAGGAGAUCAAGCCUCAGGGGACACGUCAAGAAGGGAUGCGCGUGCUGCAAUGGAUCGCCGGAGAGACCGAAGAAAAAGUCUGUCAAAGUUGAUCACAAGUUGAAGAAAAAAUUGAUCAGCAAACAAAUUGGGAAGAAGAGGUAGUGUUAGCGAAUGUAAUUUAUUUUACUCUCGCGUAAUUAACGGUUUCAUUGGGGAAUUUGUACAGUUGAGGGGGGAGGGAGCUUCGACGGGGUUGAUGACCAGACUAUUAAUUGUAGGGGGUAAGUUAGUACUUGCAGCACUUGACCAAAAAGUUAUUGAGGGAAAUUGUCAGUUAUUGGGAGUUGAGUGAAUGCUGUGGUGAUUUUUUUUUUUCGAGGGGUGAGUGGGAGGGAUUUUUCUCUAACGAUUGAAUCCCUGUUUUUCAAGGGUUUAUCUUAAUUUUCAUGUACAUAGGAUGCUUGAUCAGUGUAUAGCAGGCUUCAUGAAGCUAAUCGAGGUAAGGGGUAUGUUUAAUUGAUGUGGGAGAUUUUAGGUAAUGCUCUUCAUUAAUGAUUAUUGAGUAAGAUUCAAUUAAUUGGAUUUAGGGAAAGCUCUUAUGAUGUAGGUGAUCGUUUUACGUUUAGGUGUUGUUAUUAUCAUACAAUGAUUCUAGAUUUAGUGAUGCGAUGAUUGGGUGGACUAAUGGAGUUGUGGGAUUAAAUGAACAAUUAGAAAAUGAAAUGCAAUUCUAGUCAGGUGAGGCUCGGGUCGAAGAUUAUUAAUGAACUUGAAGAGAAACUUAUUGAUAGAUUAUUAGAAGGUAGUGAACAGUAUCUUUUCGGGAUGAGAGGUUCUUCUUAGGUUUUUUUUUCUCAUUUCUUCUUUGAUUAUUAUUUUUUAUGGUUUUGUUUUAUUGUAUUAAAUGCCAGAUUGCACAGCUUGGUCUCAAGCCAAUACAGACUAAAAUUUUUUAUUGUUCAUUAGUAGUGUUUGGAGCGAUUCGGGGAAUUUGGGGAUUUUGAGAGGUCAGGGGUUUGAAUUUUUCACUUUAGGGCUCUGGCUCUCUCGCAUCUGUCCGUGGAUUUAUCGGGCGUGAACAGUCAUUUGCGUUUUGAUAUUUCGAUCGUUUGAUGAUGAUUUUGUUCACCGGUGAUUAAUCAGUGGUGAAGUGGUUCGACGUAAUAUAAGUCAUGAUAAUGAGGAUUCCAGGGAAAAGUGCAUUAUACUUUUCCUUGGAAUUUAUCGUUCUCUGAGUCAAUUCCAAAUUAACAGAUGUAUUGAUUUUAAACUUUCGGUAUUACGUUUCUCCAAUUUCGUCAGUAUUUUCUUCAUUUUUUUUUCAUCUUUUUAAAUCACCUGGCCCGAAUUUAUCAUCAAUCUGUCACAGUGCGCGGGUAAAUCCAUUCUGUACAUUCGAGUAGUUUUCUAUAGGAAAAACAAAAACUCAUGGAAAAAGUAAAAAAAAAACAAAGUAUAUAUAUCGUAUAAUAUCGCUGCACUUUAGUACAAAACUGCUUCGUUUUAUUUCUGAAUCUGGGGCGGAAUUCAACGAGACAAUUCGUUUCUGAUGCAUCCCAUUUUUUUGUGAACAAAUCUCUGGGGAAUUCAACGAUAAAGUAUGUGUUUAUGAUUUUGUAUGGUAAUUAUUGAUUGAUGAAAUCUGUAGUGAAGUUGUGGAACGUGAUUUAUCGGUGGAAUUAUUGACUUUAGAAAAAUUUGGACGAAAUUUUAUCGUUGCUAUAAAAAUUUUGAGAUUCUCUCAUUUAUCAAAAAAGCGAUUCGAUCAAUGACGUUUUAUUGCUUCAUUACUGAAAAUUUAAAAAAAUUGAUAAAGGAGGGGGUAAAACCAGUACUAAAUUCUCAGAAAUUAACGAAGAUUUCUAUCAAUCAUAAAUGAUUUGUUACUUAGUUACAAAUAGUGAACUAAUAAGAGUACAUUUUGAUGAGAGAAUUUGAACGAUAAAUAGAGAAAAUGAGAAAACUGUAGAUACGCGAAUUUGUGUUAACAUUAAUCCUCCCAUUUCCCUUCAUUUUUUUAUUUCAUUUAUAUAGGAUUAGAGAAAUGUUUGUAACGACUGUGAAGUAGAAUAUAUUGAAUAAUUAUGUGUACUUUAAUUGUUCAUUUCAUUUUUAAACUGAUCUCAUUAUAAAUGAAAAAACCUUAGUUCAAUAAAAUUUCGUAUUUAUAAUACGACUAUUGUUUAUCGGUUUAUUUUGAUUUUCUUCGUGUGCAAUUACCUUCGAGAUUAGUGAGUUGUUCAUUUUUCAUCAGUUCAUAGGCAUUUGGUUACUUCUUAUCAGCAAUUUAUUUUCAGCCCAAAAACCUAUCACUCUUCUCCUAAAUCUCCUUAUCAGAGAUCGAUAUCAUUUUUUCUCACGCAAUUAUUAUCUGAAAAAAAUUCAACACGAGAAGAUUCCCCGUAAACUUCUCAUUUUGUAGAAACUUCAAUUAAAUUCUCCAAUGAAAUUAUCCAUUAAAUUCAGUUUGCUAACUGUGCCCUUAAAUUAAACAACAAAAAAACCUAAAUACGAUCUUCUAUCUUCCUGUACAUUUAAUAGUUAGCAACAAUGUUUUACGUGUAAACAAAAAUCAUGGCGAAAGCUUCUCUUCGCCUGAAAUAAUAAAUUCGUAUUUUUCAAUGAUUAAAAAUAUUUCUUUGGUAAAAUAAGGAAAAAAAAAAAUUUGUCAAAUUGGUGGCAAGCUUCUGGAAAAAGAAAAUCCUCCAUUUAGUCGUACCAAAUGCAUUUAAUUAGAUGACUAAAACCACCAUAAAAUAACACGAUUAACUAGUGAUUAAGUGAAACGAUUGAAUAAUAAAUAUAGUAAAUAAAUAUAAAUGAGUUUUCCAGUGCUAAUCCCAGGUACUUAAGAAGCUUAAAGGGCCCCUAAGGAUAAACUUAAGAGGUUUUGUAAUGUACAUUUGUAAGAGUUUAACUGAAAUAAACGAUAUAACGUGCACUUUAGCACCUUCGAACAGUAUUCAGAGCGGUUGUAUUUGCGUCGUGACUGAUUUAAUCAGUUAUGAAGCCCAAUAAAAACAAAUUAAUAACACAUGGACAGAGAUAAAGAAUAAAAUGAAUUCACUGAGUUCACAAUUGCCCAAAGCAUACGGCUACCUUAAGACAAUUUUUAAUUAGCACAAAUGAAUGAGAACAAAAAGCAAGACGAUAAAUAAUGAAAAUGAUAAAUAACAAUGAGAUAAAACGGAAUGGCAGUGGUGGGAGCAUCAACAUUCUCGUAAUGCUCAUCUGCCGUUCUGUAAAUACUUAGUAUUAGUGCGAUAAUAAUUUUAAUCGCUCUGUAAUUAUUUAAAAAUCGGGGAGAAUGAGAGGAUAAAAUAGAGAUGAUUAACUGUUGAUGCAGAUGAUUGUGUCGAUGGAGAAGUUUUAGAGAGGAGAAGAACCAUUAUCAUACUCUUAUCAACUAGCAAUACAGUUUGGUAUCAGUGAAUGCAUUCUUAUCAGUUUCAUUAUCAUCAUCAGUGAUUGAACGGGAAUAAAAUGAUUAAUGGAUUUAUUUACUGAUUGCACUCGUGUAUUUAUAUAAAUAAUAUAUAUAAACGAUUAUGUGUGAGUGCUGAGAUGAGACGAACAAUGCACAAAUGGUGAAGUAUAAUACCGAAUGGUACCAAAAUCAAUAAUUUAAUAAAUGAGAAAUCAGACGGCUUUAAUAUAUAAAAGACAAAGUUAAAGGUAAACGAGCGCAUAAUUUGUUUUAUUUGCAGCUUUAACACUAGCUGAACACUUUGGAUGGAUUAAUUGGGGGAAUACAAUGAGUGAAUCAAUUGAAUACUCCGGGGAUAUGAUUGUACAGCUAUGAUGGAAGAAUUAAUUGAUGAAUAAUGAAUACGUGUCAGGAAAACAUAUAUCGUGAAAAAAAAAAAUCCUUUUUCAGAUUUCAAAUGUGGAAGUAUUGGGGAUUGCAUAUUGUAUAUAAACAAGACAUAUUUUCUAUAAAUAGGCACGUCGCUCGCUAAGAUUGACGGUCUGACAAAAAAGAUAUUGCAAUAUUACGAUAAUUCUUUCAAGAAAAACAAAUUUUAAAAUGGAAAAACAACCUAGAAUAGUGUUUCAUCAGUUUAUGUAAUGUAUCAAUAGAAGAGGGUCUGACAGAAUAUAAAUGAAAGUUCUGUAUUUGA